GGCGAUAAAUGGUGAGGGUAGGCGGCUGGCUACCCACCGAUCGACACAGUUGUGAACAAAAACAGUUUAUAAACAGUUUGCUUUUCGCAGUCGAACAGUUCAGUUUUGUGUUGUACACCGUCGGAAAAGUUAAGGCGCACGCGUAAAAAAAAAAAAUAAGUUUAGCAACAGACAGUCUUCAACCAAUAACCCCACGCAAAAUAUUUUAGUAAAACACAAAAAUUUAAAUACAACGGUUUAAAACGAUAUUGAGUGCCAAGAAGUAAAUCGCCAAAAAAAAAAAUGCACUCUCAUUAUGCCUUAAUAGCCACAUUGGCAUUGUGUGCGGUCAGCGCCCUAGCAGAGCAGAAAAGCGCCACUAUGGAAGCCAUUGCCUAUAUGGAGGGCCCCAUCGUGAAGGGUAAUGUUACUUUCAUACAGAAUGGCUGCUCGGAGAAUGUUCAUGUGCACGUCUACUUGACUGGAUUGGAUCCAGGCAAGCACGGUUUCCACGUGCACGAAAAGGGCGACCUAACCAAUGGCUGCACCAGCACCGGUGGACAUUUUAAUCCCGAUAAGAUGGAUCAUGGGGCGCCUGACGAUGAAGUGCGCCACGUUGGCGAUUUGGGCAAUGUGGAGGCCGAUGCGAAUGGCAUUGUUGAUACCACUUUCACCGACCACUUGAUCAGCUUAACUGGCAAGCGUACCAUCAUCGGACGCGGACUGGUUGUGCACGAAUUGACCGAUGAUUUGGGCAGGGGUAGCCACCCCGAUUCGAAGAAGACUGGCAAUGCAGGUGGACGCUUGGCUUGCGGUGUCAUUGGUGUUAAGUAAAUAUCAGAACAAAAGAAAACAAAACAAAAACCACACGCUUUUACUUUGUACACGCUAAUUGUAUGAAAGCUUCAAAUCAAAAUUAGUAUGGCUGUAUACGUCAUUGUUUUUUUUUAAGUGUUGUACUAUUGUUGUAACAUGUCAAUCAUUUGCUUAAACAGCGCCGUAGCGCAGUGAAGCAGGCUAAUGUAUUUUUUCCUUGGCUUUUUAUUUUCAUUUAAACUGCUAUUAUUUUUGAUUUAUUUUUUGUCGAUUUCUCUAGCUUCCUUGCUCUCUAUUUCAUUUUGUUCUAUUUUUUUUCUGUUUUAUUGUUUCCACAUUUUCUUCACUAACUCUUUCUUACCUUUAAAAUUUGAGCAAAAAUUUAUGUUUUGCUUAUCAUUUUGAUAUGCAACGACUUUAAUAAAUUAAUGUUUUGUGGUUAACCAAAUCGGCCAAAUU